GAACUAUUGAAAUCCGAACAAGAAAAUCCUACCAUAAAAGAAGACUUUACAAAAUGGAGCACCGUACCGAGCAACUCUCUUCUGAGGAAGCUGCCAACAAAGCCCGUGGCUACAAGGCUGCCAUGCAUAACCCCAGAGUCUCCGAGCCGGCCAAGCAACAUGCCGAAGAACGACUUCACGAUAUUGAAUCCACCGGCCAGCUUGAGCAGAGAGACGAGGAAGACAAGGAUCAAGGGAACGUCGCUAGAGGCCUGAAAGCUGCCGCCCACAACCCAAGAGUCUCCGAACAGGCGAAGCACGAAGCAGAAGAGAGGCUGGAGAGUAUGGAACGCGAAUAA